AGUUAAAAUUAUCUUUAAAAUAUUAAUUUUAUAUUUUGAAACAUCAAAUUUUCUCUCAAAUACUCUCUCCGUUUCAAAUUAUUUGUCGUUCUAGAGUUUUGCACACAAAUUAAGAAACUAGUUAAAUGCUCAAAUUUACCCUUGUUUAACCAUUAUAAUUGCAUAACAUUUAUUGUUUAUCUUAGUUUAAUUAGGGAUAAAUAGAGAAAUUAGUAGAAAAUUGCAUUGAAAUCAUAAAACGACAUUUAUUUUUUAACAAAAUUAUAAGUUAUAACGAUAAUUAAUUUGAAACGGAGGGAUCGGAGUAUCUUAUAUUACAGAAUCGAUGGAGUAUAUUUAGUUACAAGAUUGUCGUUUAUUUAUUAAUUGUGUUUAUAUAAUAUAAUAUCGUUCCAAAAAAAAGGUUUAUAGAUUCUAAUGAAUUCAAGAAUUGUAACUCUAUUGGUUAUUAAUUACGGAAGCAAGAGACUUCACGUUAACAUACGCAAUGGCUAUAUAAACUUGACAGAUUCUUUUCUCACUCUCCAUCUCUUAAAAAACAAAAAUCACAAUAACAAUGGCAUUUGCUCUUAAGUAUUUUCUUAUGUUUCUACUUCUGUCUAUGGUUACUCAAGGACAAUGCCGCUGCGCUUUCAGUGACCUCCAGAUCGGCGCGGUGAGGACGGGGAGACAAGUUGCCGGACAACCGGAGUGGAAAGUGACGGUUGUCAACACGUGUAACUGUCCUCAGAAGCAGGUGACUCUCUCAUGCGGAGGGUUUGCUCCUGUGAAUCCUGUCAAGCCAUGGCUACUUCGCCCACAAGGAAGAACGUGUCUUCUGAUUAAUGGAGAAGUUAUGCCAGCUGGAGCCACAGCUGAGUUCGCUUAUGCCGGCCAGCCUUACAUCUUCAGACCCGUCAGCUCCAGGGUCAAAAUAAGUUGCAUGAAUUAAUUUCUUUUGCUAUUACAACUUUCUGAUUCAUGCCUGUGAACAAGGUUAUAAGGUUUCUUGCUCUCAAGCAAAGCAAUAUACUUUUCUUUUUGCCAAGAUAUUGAUGUACUGCGCAUCCUUAUUUGUGAAACUUUGAGUUACAGACAGAAAAGGUUAAGCAUUCACAGAGAAACAAAGUAUUAUA